GAUGGUUCGCCUUCUAGGUCACUUAUGUAGCGAUGGCCGCGAAGAGAAUUAGCAAGGAGUUACAAGAUCUUGGUAGAGAUCCACCAUUCCAAUGCUCCGCUGGACCUAUUUCGAAUGAUCUCUUUCGUUGGCAAGCGGCUAUUAUCGGUCCCAGUGAUAGCGCAUAUGAAGGUGGCUUAUUUCUUCUUAAUAUUUCUUUUCCGACUGAUUACCCUUUCAAACCUCCGAGAGUGACCUUCACUACACGGAUCUACCACCCAAAUAUCAAUUCCGAAGGAUCGAUCUGUUUGGAUAUUCUUCGGAGUCAGUGGUCUCCGGCAUUAACUAUAUCGAAAGUACUUUUGUCUAUCUGUUCCCUGCUCACUGAUCCGAACCCCGAUGAUCCUCUGUGCCCUGACAUUGCCCGGCUGUACAAGUGUAAUCGUGAGAAGUAUGAAGAGACAGCUCGUGAAUGGACUCGAAAAUAUGCAAUGUCUUAGCCGCAGCUUCUCAAAACUAUUCACCUUUAAAAUUCGUAGUCUUUUUGCAGCUGAACAAGUUGGUUGUUAGCAGUGGUGGCGAAUGUUGAAAGGCCACGUAUUGGCUUGUGAUCCAUGAAGGAUCUCGGAGAGUUUUCUGCUUACGGUUAAAACAAAGAUGCCCUAGUCGAACCUACAACUCCUUGUAAUAUUCAAGUUCACUUGGGAUUAGAACGCUAGGAUAAUCCCGUGAAUGCUCCUUCUUUUGCGUAUCAUUGGAUUGAUAGGUCUACUUGAGAUGCUGAAAACCCAAAACAUACUGCAUCACACCCUGUCCAAACAAUUACACCUUCAACCUUGUUGGUUGUCAGCGUGAUGGCCAUUGCCUCAUGGCAAAGCGAAAGAAUCCUUGACUACUUCUCGCUUAAGCCAUCGUACGCGAACCUCCGUGCUUGAGUAAAAUCGCGAUAGUGAUAGAUUUUUAUUGAAUAAAGUCGGCCACCAGUGUUGA